AUGAAAGAGGGACAAGGGGGGAAAGAAAAAGCAAAGGAGAAGAUGACGCUUCCUUGCAAGGCAAAUGCAAAAACAGUGAGUUCGAAAAUCCAAGAAGGUUCACUAGCUAUGAACAGAUCUACUAAAUCUAAGAAGAAGGGCAGAUCUGUUGAAACGAAGAAGUACUUCGGUAGCAGAAGAACAAAUGCCAAAGUAGACGGCAAAGCAAAUACAAUUCGGCCAGAUGAAACAUAUGAAUGCAAGUGGAGCAAGUCGUGUAAAAAGGGCAUCAGGAAACGGAGCCCAUGCAGAAGCAACGAGCUCGUGCGAUUGUGCGAUAAGGCGGAAAGAAGACAGAAAGCCGUCAAAGUUGAGAAGGCAAGCAGGGAGGAAGGACACAGUUUCGAAGAGGAACGUCCUGUUGCGUUUAUCUCACCGAGAAGUGCAGCAGCACUUGAAGAAGUUGGACUGAAGUGUGGAGCACUGACCGGAGGGGCAGUAUCAUUCAGCCAACUCAAACAAGCAUUAAGGGAUUAG